AUGUAUGAAGGAGUGGUUUUUUCAUCUGGUGACGAAGAGUACGAGGAGACGUUAAGGCUCUUUCACUAUCGCUUCCGCAAACCUCCAAUUAAUCCGAACCCCGUCAUUGCACUUCCACUCCCUUUGAGCGAGCAUAUUUGCCCUUCCUUUACUCCCAAACUCACCAAUUCGGCGUUUGAACACAGCAAAACGAUGCUGUCCUCGCGGAUUUUGACCCGGCGCCUGCCCCAGGUUGCUGCUCGUUUUACCGCUCCGCGCGCCUCAUUUUCACAAAUCCGGAGACUUUCUGCAGCUGAGAUUGAUGACCCUUUGCAGAACGGAGGUUAUCAGAAUCCCCCUCGUGUGAAGCGUGCUCUCAGAGACCCCUACGGCGACUGGUGGGAUAAGCAGGAGAGAAGGAACUUCGGCGAGCCCGUUCACGAGGAGAAUGAAAUUCUCGGCGUCUUCAGUCCCGAGCAAUAUAACCAUGUCACACCCCGCAAAGGCCUGUUCCAGAUUGGAGCUUUCAUCGCAACCUUCCUUACUCUCUGCGGCGUCGUGAGCCUGUACUACCCUGACAAGCCCAGCGUCCCAAAAACUUAUCCCGGCGGCUUGGAGAAGGAGCUUGGCGGUGCGAGUGCUCUUCCAGCUCGCAAGGCCGGUGAGGACUCUUGGUAG